AUGUUUCUUAGAGGAAAAAAGGAAUUAUAAUGCUGUCAUUUGUCACUCACUGCUAUGCUGAAACAAAUAGACCUUCAACUUGUCAUCCACUCCUUUAAACUAAUAUUCUAAAGAUUCUUAUUCUUAUUUUAUAAAGGAAUAUAAUGUACUCAUCCUUACUUAACUUUUAAAUCAUUUUGUUAAUAACGUUGCAACCAUUUCAACCAAAUUUCUCCCUCAAAUCUUGUUCUAUAAAGUGGCUAUCCUACUCUAAGCUUUCUUAAUAUAAUUUUAUGUAGAAUAACUCAAGACAUUGCAAAAAUGGAGAUAUAAAGGGAAGAAAAGUCAACUAUAAUUUAAUUAUUCUGUCUAUAUCCCUAAAAACCUUAAUGUAUGCUUAACUAUAAUUCUUUAUCAAUUAAUAUUUGUCUCAUGCAUUAUAAUUAUUUCUUGAAUAUUUAUAUUUAAUGCACAACUCAGCUUUAUAAUAUAUAAAGCUUAUGUAUAAAUGCUUACGGGGUUUUUUUCAUAUGGAGUCGAAAAUUUUCAAAAUAGAUAUGUAUAUAUGAUUUGUUUUCAAAUUAGCAAGCAAUACAGUAGGUAUAUUAAUUUGCUAUGCUGUGUCUCAUGAGAUAAUAGAUAGAAGGAGAAAAGGUGGCAAAAUAAUAAAAUGACAAAUUUGAUCCAGAUUUAGAAUUAAAAUUAUGCCAAGGCACUUUGGGUCACUUAGAUAAAACCUCAUGUGGAGCAUUUUCAUAAUAUAAAUGCUUGAAUUAGAAGAAGUACUUAGAACAAAAGGAAAAUGUAUAGAGUGCAAAACAAGCUUAGAAUAAAAGUUGUGAUACAAAAAAUCAAAUUUUAAAAGAGGUAACUUUGAUAUUGACUUCAAGAGGGAUGGAAAUGUUAUGUGUAAAAAAUCCACAAUAGAACCUACAUCCUCUUCCUAACAUGAUAAAAUUGAAUUUCAGCAAUCCUAGACUUUUCUAGAGCAUUGAGAACGAAUAAAGUUGGGACUUAUUGGAUAUGGAUUCAAGAAGUAUCUCCUUAACAGAAAGUUGUCGAAUACCGAUCUAUAUUUUUAAGAAUUAUUGGCAGCAAUCGAAUGGUGCUGAUUAAAAAAUUAAAUCCAUUCUGUAGAAUUAAAAAAAAGGUCUGUAUUUUUUAAAAAAAUUCCGCUGA